ACCAUGUGUGGUAAUUUAUGUUAAAGUGAAUGAAUGGCUUUAUUAUCCAUGUGCAUUGGAAGAUACAACUUCAAAAAUAUAUAUUUGUGCUAUGCUUUUACAUUUCCUCAAAGCAAUUGUUCAAUAAAACAUAAAAACACAACCGUAAUAGCUAAUUGUAAUGUUACUGCAUCAUCAGGCAAAUGUUAAACAAACACGAACCAGUAUACCAGGCAGUUUGGGCUAACAACACGGACUUUGACGAGGUUCUAAUCUCACCAGUCAUGAUCCAGGACCACAUGCCUGACAAUGUCCUCAGUGCACUUAACAAGGUUAUAACCACUGUUGGCCCCGCCAAGCCUCAGCGUGCUGUGUCAUCCAACAACAAUUCUACAGUAACGUCAACAGAACAUCUAGACUCUGAACGCUGUCACUUAUUAGCAACCAAUGGUAAUGCUGUGCAUGGAUCUCCAAAGGCAGUCACUCCACCCCACAAACUGUGUCUUGAAACAAGCUUCACAUCACUGCAAAGUCCAUCUUCUGAGGCACAUCAGAACACUAGUCUCAACUCAUCAACCUGCAGUCAGAUUGUGGGUGCAACUGGUGGGCAUACUAUGGUGAAAUCCUUCAAUAAUGGACUCCCUCAUAUCACUUCACCAUUUGCUCUGCAUCCAGUGCUCUCAUGGGAAUAUGCAUCACUUUUGGAGGAACAGCUCCUACACAGCUUCCAUAACUGCAGUAAUGUUGAAAGCAGUGGUGGUGUUAAUGGUGGUCCAUACUCAUGCAACAUGUUUGGUGUAAACAGUGGAGGAGCGAUGGACUCUCAAAAGACAUUGAAGGUUGAUUUGAUUCAUGAUGACUGGUUUGGCCUAGCACCUCUGGCAACACCAGAGUCUCUCUCAGAAGUGUCUAGCAUUAGUUCGCGAGCCAGCAGUCUGAUGCUCAACAUUGACAGAACGCUCAAAGACAUGUUUGGACACCACAGGGGUUGCAUGCCUGCUUAUGUCGGCCCUAGGCUGGUAGAUAGUGGUGGAGGAAUUGCAUCUUCUCCAUUAUCAAUACAUGGAGGACAUGGAAGUUCAGUUGGUGUUUCACAUUUGAGCUCAAAAUCACCAAGGUUCUUCAGAACAUCAAAAGGUGUAAGUGGUUUAGUAAAUCUAACUUCUGCAGUCCCAAAGCCAGGAAUAGAUACUGUAAGCACAAGACAUACAAAUUACUCAUCUGGAGAUGAUGACCUUAGUUUUGAAUCUGCUCAGCAGCACAUUUCAAGUGAUGAUAGCAGCUCAUCUCCUGACAAUUAUAACAAUUCAAAUAGUGAAGUGUUUAUUAGUGUUAAAGGUACUCCAUUCUCAUCUGCAGACUUGGUUACUGUCAACGUUGAUGUUCAUCAAGAUGAGAAGCCCCACUCUCAGGUUAAAGCCAUGUGUUCACCCCCAUCCCAACCACUCCACUGUAGUUCCAUUAGAUUCCUGCAGCCUACUCCUCCAGCAGACACUUCACUGGUGAUCAUCAGCUCAUCCCCCAAGCAAGUGACAUUUCUCACACCACAGAACUCCAUGAGUGAUGAAUCAGAUGGGGAAGUAACAGAAAGCCUAAGUUUCCAACAAGAUUCCAUGUUAGUUUUAACCAAACAGGCAGUUGUUGACAGUAGGACAGUAGUGUUAGAAAAGAAAGACUCCACAUCAAGCCUAGAGAGCAUGAUGGUCUUGCAUCUUGGCCAACAGUCGAACUGUGUUCCUUCUGUUGAUGAUGACAGCCACGAACCCACCAGUGAGAAGCCACUUGCAGAUAUGAGGCACAAUCUGCCAGGGGGUGCUUUGGAAGAUGACAGACAGAAGAAAACAGUCAUUCAGAAUGAGAGAAUCAUGUACUUUGCAGACAGUAUCAAUGUACUUAAGCCAACUUUCUCUUCUACUGAUAUGAGUCCAGUGAUGGAUGACAAUAGUUUCUGUAGUAGCAGUACUGGUAACAACAAUGUAAGUGAUUUCCAGCUACCUGUUGCCAACAAUGGGAGUUCUGUGUUUAAGAAGCGGAAUGGUAACAUAAUGUCUUCUCCAUCUGUGCUGCGACACAUGAAGGGUCCGAGUGCAACUAGUGUGGAGACUGGACUAAUGGCUUCUAAGAUAAGCCUUCCAGGCCAUGAAAUGAGCCUUGCUCAUGUCCAAGUGAUGGAGUCUUUGCCCCUCUUAUCGAAUAUUGGAGAGGUUCAUGACAAGGCUGCAUAUGCUCGGAAGAAGUAUGUGUAUCCUGUCACCUCAGUGGGUAAAGGGGAAAGUAGUGUGUAAAUUUGUUAAAGUGUCUGUAAAUUACUUUAUAAAGCGCAAGGUUUAAAAUUGAAAUAUAAAUUUGAAAAUAUGAAAUUGGUGAGUUGUUAUGAAACAGUAAAUAGAGGACAUACGAUACUCACUUCCCUCACUCAUUUACAGCAAUGUGCAUAAUAAAAAGACAUCAAAUACUAUUUUGAUUAGUGUACAACAGCUGAAGACUGGGCUACAACAGAACCAUGACUAAUCAGUUCUCUUAAAACCAUUGUGCCAAAACAAUCACUGUUAAUCUGUUUGUAACGUAUAAUAUACCAUUUACUAGCUUUCCCAUCUGUUUCAUAAUGAACUAAUGUUGUCAUUAAAGUUAUAACCAAUUCAGGCAUACAACAAAACUAAAUAUAUUGUAUUCCUGAAACUGGAAACCUUUCUAUAUAAUUGAUAACUAUGAGCUUGACAUCAGAAAGGUGAGUGGACAUGCUAGAAAACUGUAGUCAUUGCUGAAAGGUAUUCACCAUGUUAAAUUCUAGAUGAGUUGACAGAUUUAAAGUUGACUCGGUGGUCUUUAUUAUAUGUAAAUUUUAACUGAAUGACUAUAUUGCUAACCAGCGGACAACGGAAGCUGAAGAAGUGACCAAUUCGUAAAUCAGAACCAAGUCAGUCACAGUGAAAUGGAAGACACUCAUAGUCCAGUAAGAAAUGGAGCAAGUUUUAGACAGUGAGUUGUUUUCUUUUUAAUUCCCAUAGUGGGGGGUGGAGUCCAACUGGGUCCACUUGUCAC